AAGCUCUUUUCGCGGUCGGUGAAGCUUGAAUUUUGCGGGCAUCUUUACCCCAAACUCUUCAGGUUUCCUAACACUCGUCGCAAGACAUUACCGUCUGGUCAAUUGGCCCGAAACCCUUCCAAAAUGGCCGCUCAACAGCUCACGACGGCAAGUGCCCCGACGGAUAUCUAUGGCGGAGAUGAAGUAUCAGCCCUCGUACUCGACGCAGGCUACUGCCACACUCGCGCCGGUUUCGCAGGCGAAGAUGUGCCCAAGUCCAUCUUACCGUCUUUCUACGGAUCGCUCAAGGACGCCUCGCAACUUCAGGGCGCUCGCGACAUCUUCGGCGACGAGUGCUUGUUACCCCACGCCGAUUUCGAGGUCAAGAAUUACAUGUCGCGGGCUGAUUCUGUAGUCGAGGACUGGGAUGCCGCCUCCAAGAUGUGGGAACACAUGUUGAUUAAGCGUCUGCAACCCGAGAAGGAGACACACCCGUCCAAGAACGGCCUGAACGACCCUGCGGAUGAAAACGGGGAUGUCAACAUGGAGGACGUGGAGAACCAGGAGAAUCAGGAGAAGCCGCUGGCAGAGAGCCCCUUGUUAAUGACCGAAGCGCCUUGGAACGCAGGCAAGGCGAGAGAGAAGGCUAUCGAAAUCGCCAUGGAGAGCUGGGACGUCCCGGCCUUUUGGCUGACCAGAACACCCGUAUGCGCCGCUUUCGCGGCCGGCAAGGCCAGCGCAUUGGUUGUCGAUGUGGGCGGUGCUUGCACCAGUAUCACUGCUGUACAUGACGGCCUGAUUCUCAAGCGAUCGGUUCAAAAGUCACCCGUGGGCGGACUAUGGUUGUCGGCGCAGAUCCGAAGUAUGUGGAAUAGCAGUGAGCCGAAGCUAGACCCCAUGCCUACGUUCAUGGUCGAGAGCAAGACGCCAGUCGAUGCGGGUGCACCAGCCCAGGCCCGAGUCCGCAAAUUCGACUUCGACAUCUCACCUAGCUUCCGCGCUUACGAGGAUGAGCGGCUGUUGACGGAAUUCAAGGAAUCGGUCGUCGAGGUGUGGAGAGGCCCGGGCAGAUACUCGAACCCCGGCAAUGAGGAGCUGGUCAAGACCCAGCCCGGCCGCGUGUUCGAGAUGCCCGAUGGCUCCAACCAGAUGUGGCGAGAGCAGCGGUAUCGUGUGUCCGAGGGCAUGUGGGACGAGACGGCGGCUCUGCCGACAAACGAGGCAGACACCAUCACUAAGGCGCAGACGAUCCCCGAGCUAAUUAAGUCGUGUCUCAACAGCGUCGACGUUGACUUGCGGCCUCAACUGCUCGCCAAUAUUGUUGUCACGGGUGGUGCUAGUCUUGUCAAUGGAUUUAACGACCGCCUGAACAACGAGCUGAUGGCCAUGUACCCAGGCAUGAGGAUCAAGCUACACGCUGCUGGCCUCACGACAGAGCGAAGAUUUGGAGCCUGGAUCGGCGGCAGCAUCCUGGCCAGCUUGGGAACAUUCCACCAGAUGUGGAUCUCCAAGAAGGAGUACGAGGAGAAUGGAGCGGGCAUUGUAGAGAAGCGGUGUAAGUAGUGGUGCACCGAGGCUCCUGUGAGCGAGACUUUGUCAAACCCUCAAGGUCCUUGUGGUCCUCUGCGUUUGCCUUCAUUGCGAGAUUGGUAGGGCGUUAGGAGUUUUCUCGGUCGGCUCUGGUAGCUUCAUGCACCGGUUGAGCAGACCAAAACUGUACGGCGUAGUAAAAGCUUGGGUAUGGCUGAGAGCUUGGCUGGCUGGCUCGUUAUACAUAACAGCAAUACACUUGUCAGGAAUGGCAAGGAAUUAGACGGCCGUUCCAAAACUUGUUCUGGUUCUGCAUGAGCAGCUCAUCGGCAGUAAUCGAUGGCGAAGUAGAGGUAGAGGCUAACCAAUUCGCUCUAUGUGGU